GAGUGGGUUACCCAAAAGGUGUUACAGUUACCGAUAAAGGUGGUAUAAAACAAUUGGUAGCUUCUGUGCGGAUGAUCAUUGCCUUAAACUCAUUCGACAAUAACGGUUCUUGCGUUUGCCUCUCGCCCCCUAAACAAAGUGCGGAAUAAAAAUACGUUUCGGAAUUGACAGCCUUUCACCAUGAAAUACCUUUGUUUGCUGGUGACAAUGGCAAUCAGUGCUACCGUUUGCGCUGGAGCUGCCAUUGGUGAAGAGAAUAUUUGUAAACUUCCCGGUUUCUUUGCUAUAUCGGAUAACUCGGUCCACUAUUACGGGUGUUAUGCCAACAAAUAUGGGGGUUUAACUAAAGUAGAUCUGACGUGCGCUAAUGGUCAGGUGUUUGAUUCUCGCAAAGGUCUUUGCAUGAUUAAGACUCCGACUGCUGGGGAGGAUGAAGAAAAUCCUACCAUACCACCAGACGUAGAGAAUCCCACAAUUCCUACAAAAAGUACAACUGACGACAAUGUGGAGAAUCCAACAAUCCCCACUUCCUCAUCCACUAAGCCACCAACUGACUUUGAGGAUACGACAACAGAGAAACCAGAAGAACCUCCAACCACUCCUAAACCCGAGGAGCCUCCAACCACUCCCAAAGCUCCUGAGACAACGGAAGAUGAAACCACUGAAAAGCCCGAGGAACCUCCAACUACUCCCAAAUCUCCGGAAACUACAGAGGAUGUGACUACCGAGAAACCAGAGGAACCUCCAACUACUCCCACCACCACAAAAGCACCUGAAACCACAGAGGAUGUGACUACCGAGAAACCAGAGGAACCUCCAACUACUCCCACCACAACAAAAGCACCUGAGACCACAGAGGAUGUGACUACCGAGAAACCCGAGGAACCUCCAACUACUCCCACCACAACCAAAACACCAGAAACCACAGAGGAUGUGACUACCGAGAAACCAGAGGAACCUCCAACUACUCCCACCACUACAAAAGCACCUGAGACCACAGAGGAUGUGACUACCGAGAAACCCGACGAACCUCCAACUACUCCCACCACAACCAAAGCACCAGAAACCACAGAAGAUGUGACUACCGAGAAGCCAGAGGAACCUCCAACUACUCUCCCCACUACAAAAGCACCUGAAACCACAGAGGAUGUGACUACUGAGAAAACUGAAGAACCUCCAACUACUACCGCAGUUCCUGAAACAACAGCAGAAGUUACCACAGAAAAGCCUGAUGAACCUCCCACGACUCCCCAUGAGACCACUGAGGAAGUGUCCACUGACUCUACUACUGAAGGACAUCCCGAAACAACUACGAUCAAAAACCCAGAAGACACUACCACAACUCCUGAAAAUAGUGAAACUACCGAAGAUGGCAAUUCGACAACAGGAAGACCAGAAGAAGAUUCAACUACCACGGAAGGUAGUGAAACUACAGAUUCAGGUAAUACAACAACGUCCGAAGAGAACUCGACCACCCCCGAACAUAAUGAAACUACCGAUGAGGGAAACACAACCACCGAUAAACCGGACGACGACUCCACCACAACAGAACGCAAUGAGACAACCGAAAAAGAUACCACCGAAAAUUCAACAACUCCAGAAGCUAGUGAAACUACCGAGGACGGCAGCACGACAACGGACGGCUCCUCAACAACAGAAAGUGGCACAACCACUGAUAGUGGAAAUACAACCACACCAGGUGGCGGCAAUGACUAUGUCUGUCCAUCCGUAGGAUUCUUCCCCAAAGACGAAGAGUGCAAUAAAUUCUACGUUUGUGCUGAAAUUAACGAUGAAGUUUUUCCUUUUCUGGUAGAGUGUCCCAAAGGCCAAAACUAUAACCCCGAAGGCGGUUAUUGUACAAAAUCGUACGAUUGUACCGACGGCACUACUGCCCAGCCUUCCACAACUGAUAGUUAGGUGAUCGGCAAUAGGUUGGCUUCGUCAAAAUCCUUCGUAUCACAGACGUCCCUUUGAUUUAAUACAUAUAUCUAUUUUUUAAUAAAUAAAUAAUAAUAGUUCUAGCCAAUGCUU